AUGCCAAAGACAGUAUUUUAAAUACUGGCGGCCGCAAUAGCCGAGUGUUUAUCAUUGCGUACUGACAAUCCAAAACCGCGGGGGUCCAGGCCUGGUUGGACCAACAUCUAAAAUAGAGAAAAACUAAGUUUUCUAAUUUUGGUUGGAAGUGGGAAGUCCUCCGAGUGUAUUUCGGACAUGAAAUCAAAGCUCCUCAAAUAAAUUCAUCAGUCGUUCGGUGCCGGCAUGGAACAAAUUGGAGGUCUUAGAUUUUUUAUAAUAUCUUCAUAUCUCUGCCAGUCAUUUGUAAUUUUAUUAAGCCAAAUCGGUAUUAAAUAUCCAAUUCAUUGCUUAAUUCAACUCAGAAGAGUACUUGAUAUACAUUUCUGAAGUGCUAUUACUGCAUUUUUUUUGCCAGAUAUUGUAUUUAUUUUGCGUGAUAUUUGGUAUUCAAAUCCUAUAAAAAACGAGUUAUCGACUGAUACAAUACAUCAGAUGCUCAACGGCGGCAGAACGUCACAUUAAAUACAAUAAUUGCCAAAUUGUGAAAAAUAAUGAAAAUAUACAUUUGGAUAAUUGCGACAGCCUUAGCUUUUAUUGCCAAUGGACUCGCUCAAACUAAAGACUGCGCGAAUAAAUUAUGUACAAAAGAUUAUAACCCUGUAUGUGGAUAUGAUGGCCAAAAACAUGAAAAAUACAGUAAUAACUGCCUAUUUGAAUUAGCUCAAUGUGAUAGUGAAAAUAAUUUAGAAAAGGUCUCACUCGAUUUGUGCGACAAUAACGGAGCUAAGUGACUGAAAUAGUUGAGAAAUAUGCAACUUCAUAAUUCCAUAAGUGCAUUGAUUAAAAACUACCAAAGACUUGCAAUACUA